AUGCGGCGCGGUCUCCUGAUCUUCAUCCUGGUGAACCUGCUCAUUCUCACUUUCCUGGUUCGCAGCGUCUCAACCCUGCUUUCUCUACUCGUCGAGGAUGCCGCCGCCGACGCGAUCCACCGUGCCGAGCUGCCUUCCCCCAACUCUAGCCUGAUCGAAACGAGGCCCCAGAUCAUCCCCAAGAUCAUUCACCAGACCUACAAGAACGAGACCAUUCCUGAGGUGUGGCGUGAGGCGCGGCAGAGCUGCAUUGACCUACACCCGGAUUAUGAGUAUAUUCUCUGGACCGACGAAAAAUCACGCGACUUCAUCGCCGCCGAGUACCCCUGGUUCCUCGCCACUUUCGAAGGCUACAAGUACCCCAUCCAGCGCGCAGACUCCAUCCGCUAUUUCGUGCUCGCGCACUACGGCGGCACCUAUAUCGACCUGGACGAUGGCUGCAACCGUCGCCUAGAUCCGCUUCUCGCGUACCCCGCGUGGGUGCGCCGCACUGUGCCCACAGGUAUCUCCAACGACGCCAUGGGCUCAGUGCCCCAGCAUCCGUUCUUCCUGCGCGUGAUAGAGUUGCUGCAGCAAUACGACCGCAAGUGGGUGCUGCCCUAUAUCACGGUCAUGUACUCGACGGGCCCGCUGUUCCUAUCAGUAAUCUGGAAGGAGUACAUGCAGGACAAGCCCAGCGAGGCAGGCCGCGUGCGCAUCCUGAUGCUGGAUGAGUACAACAAGUUUUCGUGGAGCUUUUUCACGCAUCACACUGGUAACAGUUGGCACGGAAAGGACGCGCACCUGAUUUUCUGGAUGGGUCAACACUGGAUGCUGCUCACCUUCCUCGGCUUCAUCGUCGCCGGCGUCGUCGGCAUCUGCCUCUGGUGGACAUACGGCCGCAUCAUGCUCCUCGGCGCUAGGUACCGCUACCGCUACACCAAGGUGCCGACCAUUAUCAGCCCACGGCUGUCGUCCUCGCCCUCCCGCCGUGCUCGCCGCAUGAUGCCCACGCUGCUACGCCGCGUGAGCUUCAAGGAAGACGAGGAAGUGGGCGGAACCACCGAGACCUCGUACGAGCUCGACCGCCACGACGACUGA